AUGUCGGAGAAAAGAAAACGCACAGCAGAGAGCUUCCACCGAGGCCGUGAUGAGCCAGAUAAGAAGAAACGCAAAAGAGGCUUCGUGGUCGGCCCCGACAACCUCCCAGAUGGCACCUACAAGCGCAAAGCCGACAAGAUCAAGCGGUCUUUGAUUGAGCGUGCCCAAAUCAAGAAGGAAUACGCCAAGCUCAAGCGCCAGGGCAAGAUCCCAGAGGAACGAGAGGAGCUUCCUGUCCCGGCAUCUGCAGUUCUGGAUCGCGCGAGGAAGGGCUUAGACGAGGAUGGAAGCAGCGACGAGGACGACAAGACCGAGGAUGACCACGCAGAGCCCACUACAGCACCCCAUCCAGAACGCCAGACCAUGAUAGAGAAGGCCGACGACCCGCCACAGGAAGUAGCAGAGCCACCGGUCGCACGAAAAGACAAAAUCCAACGCAAACCCAAGCCAGCCCCUUUCCAGCGCGAAUACGAUCAAGCCCAGCAGCGCAAAGCUGAAGCAGAGGAACGACGCCGCGCCCGCGAAGAGGCUGAGCGGCAGCGGCAGAGUAAGCUGGAGGAGCGGGAGCGGUUUCGGCGGGCGAUGGCGAAGGCGAGAUCUGGCGGACCGAAUGGGCAGCGGAAGCUGGGGAGGGAGAGUAAGGUGCUGUUGGAGAGGGUGAAGCGGAUGGUUGGGGAUGGAGGUUGA